AUGAGUGCCACAAGACUUGACCGAUUGGUCAUUCUUCUGGACACUGGUAGCACUCAACUUAUCCGUAACACAGCUGCUCAGCAGCUUGCCGAUGUGCAAAAGAAUCAUCCGGACGAACUGUUCAACCUACUGACCAGAAUUGUUCCCUUUCUUCGCUCAUCUUCCUGGGAUACGAGAACAGCAGCCGCAAAGGCGUUGGGCGGUAUUGUCGAGCAUGCACAAAAGUUCGAUCCUAACGAAGAUGUCAAGAACGAGAAUGGCGACGUCAAGGAAGAGCAUGGUUCUUUGACACCUUUGACCUCCGAAGAUCAAUUACAGCUCGCAACUCUGGACGUCGAGGCCAUCCUUACCAACGGAAAGGAGCUGCUCGGUAGCGCUGGACGUCAAUAUGACUUCAAACUGGCUGGCAUGGAUCCCGCUCAGAGGCUCGCCCAUCAGAAGAAAACUCUUACCAACCGCCUUGGACUUGGCGGAGAAUACAUGGAGGACGAACUCGUCACAGAAACAGACAUUGCUGUGCGUACCAACUUUCCGCCACCAGCUAUGCCAAAUGCGGACUCCUCCCUUUCCAGGGCCAACAGCGUAACAGAAUCUGCCGUGGUCUCUCCCAGCGAUCAGCAGACUCCGUCCGAGGCCAUGAGCAAGAGACAGCUAAACAUGCUGAAACGCAGAAGAAAGGAAGAGCUCAAACGCGACAAUAAGAAGUUUAAAUACGAUCUUACCAGCAUGAGACGAGAGAGCACUACAGUGCCUACUCCAGCCGAGUCAGAAACCAUCAUUAAGGACGAAACUGCAGAGACUAAUUCCAGCGUUCCCGACUACUUCUCGCUUGAACGAAAGGGUGGCGACGACGACGCAAAAGUCGUAUCAGAGUUCAAGGGUGCCCCCAUCGCUGAAAAGUCUGCUUUCCAAACCGAGGUCGAAGAGACUGGCAACGGAUGGCCGUUUGAACGACUCUGCGAGUUCCUGACCGUGGACCUGUUCGAUCCUGCCUGGGAGAUUCGCCAUGGUGCUGCAAUGGGUCUUCGAGAAAUCGUUCGUGUGCACGGUGCUGGAGCUGGUCGUUUACUGAACAGAAACAAAUCCGACAACGAUCGCCUCAACCAGGCAUGGCUCGAUGAUCUCGCUUGCCGCAUUUGCUGUGUCUUCAUGCUCGACAGAUUUGCAGACUACGUCUCGGACAAUGCCAUCGCACCAAUCAGAGAGACUGCUGGCCAAACACUAGGUGCACUCUUGCAAUAUCUCCCAGCAUCUUCCGUGCAUGCUGUCAAUCGUAUCCUAUAUCGAUUGGUAAUGCAAAAGGAUCUCAAGGUCAACAGACGCAUCUGGCAUGCUUGCCACGGUGGUAUGAUCGGUAUGAGAUAUCUCGUGGCAGUAAGAAAUGAUCUGCUGCUUCAAGACAAUCUGUUGAUGGAUGGCGUCCUGGAGUGUGUCAUCAAAGGACUUGGAGACAGCGACGAUGAUGUUAGAGCAGUCAGCGCAGCCACUCUGAUUCCUGUUGCCAAAGAGUUUGUCAACAUGCGUCAUGCUGCACUCAAUCAUCUCAUCAGCGUCGUCUGGGAAUGUCUGUCAAACUUGAGCGACGAUCUCAGCGCUAGUACGGGAUCUGUGAUGGACCUGCUUGCAAAGCUUUGUGGCUUCCCCGAGGUUCUCGAUGCCAUGAAGAAGAAUGCUGCAGAGAACCCUGAGCAAUCAUUUGCAGAGUUGGUGCCUCGCUUGUAUCCCUUCUUGCGUCACACUAUCAGCACAGUCCGUUCCGCCGUCCUUCGCGCUCUCCUCACAUUUGUCAACAUUGAUGGCGAAGAUGCCAAAAGCUGGGUGGACGGUCGUGCUCUGCGUCUUGUCUACCAAAAUCUGCUCGUCGAACGCAACGAGACGGUUCUCAAGCUCUCUCUCCAGGUCUGGUACGCUCUCGUCGAUGUCCUGGCGACCCAUCCAGAGAAGUUCGCCGCAGAAUUCGAGCCGCACGUCGCACCCUUGGUGACACUCACAUUCCAUCCUAUCGGUGUAUCUCGUCACCCCAUUCCAAUGGAUGCAACACUAUUCAUACGUCCUUCGGGUUACAGCUACACCCCACUCAGUACUGCUACACGCAAAUCCUCUCCAGUCAAUGGAUCUUCCGAACCUGCCAGGAAGAGAAGGCGUUCCGACAAGAAGGACAAGGACAUGCCACCUCCAACUUCUUCUUCGGCUCACAACGUUGAUGGGCACAUGAUGCAAGGCGAUGUCGAUCUUGUUGGAGCAGACAUUAUGAUUCGUUCAAGAACUCAUGCAGCUCAGGCUCUUGCGAAGGCCUGUCAGGUCUGGCCAGCAGCAACAAGACGCGACACUUUCUCCUCAAAGAUUCUUCCCAGUCUCAAGUCCGGUUUCUCGACCACACAACUCUUCGCCGCGAUCUUCAUCGAGGAAUACGCCAAGCUAUUGCCUACCAAGGAUGACCUUACCUCAUUAUUUGCAGAGAACCUUCGUCCUCUUGUGGAAGAAGACAGACCCAGCUGGUAUAGCGACCUCACCAGCUAUCUACAAAUCGUGCGUGCACAGUGCCAAAGUCUUCUCAACACUUUCCGCGAAAAGGCCCAUGUUCCACCCAGCAAACUUCCCAUAAUCGCUGUCGUGGUUCAAGGGGAGCCAGAGGCCGGCAAGAACGCCUUCUCGCUCGCCGAUGGAGAGCGCAUCGCCGUCCAAGAUUACGAGAGACUACGCAAGACUCUCUCACCUGCUCAAAGAGUCACCGCAACCGAAAUGUUAUCAAGCGCAAAGGCAGAUGUCGACUCCGUUAUUGCCGAAGCAACUCUAGUCAAGAAGCAACGCGACGUUCGCAUCAAGUCUGCUGCGGCCGCCGCUAUUGUGGCACUCAAAGAAAUUCCCAAGAAGCCUCAGGCUACUAUCAAGGGUCUCAUGGACAGUGUCAAGGACGAAGAGAACUUCGAGCUCCAAAAACGCUCUGCAGCUGCAAUUGCUAGACUGGUCGAUCAGUUGGUAGCCAGUGGCCGUAUGAAGGUUGUCGACAAAAUCGUUGGCAACUUGGUCAAGUUCUGUUGCAUGGAAACUGGCGAGACUCCUGAAUUCCACCCCAACGCAGACAGAGAAUCUGGAAUCCUCUCGCUGCAAAAGGACGAAGAUAUCCAGGACCGUCCGGAUGCUGCCAAGUACGAGAGGGAGGUUCGCCAAGCUCGCAUCACAAGACGCGGUACAAAGGAUGCUCUGGAGCAACUCUGUCACCGAUUUGGCAGCGACCUCUUUGAGAAGGUCCCUAUGCUUCGCACCCUUAUCGAGAACCCCAUUCGGCACUGCUUCUCUGGAGAUUUGCCUGACAACAUCACCGAUCCUGAACAAAAUCUCGGUCAAGAAGUCGUGGAUGCCAUGUCAACCCUUCGCGCGUUGGUGGCAUCAUUCCACUCGGACCUGCAUUCCUUCGUUCUCGAUCUCAUGAACUUCGUUGCUAGAGCUCUUCAGACGAGACUUGCCGUCCUUCGAUACACCGCUGCCAAGUGUUUUGCAAGCAUAUGCAGUGUGAUCACUGUCAAGGGUUUCACUAUGCUGGUCGAACGAGUUCUGCCACCAAUCAGCAAUCCGACUGACGUUCAUUGCAGGCAGGGCGCGAUUGAAUGCAUCUACCAUCUCAUUCAAGUCAUGGAGGAUCGUAUUCUACCCUAUGUCAUAUUCCUCCUGGUCCCUGUACUCGGACGUAUGAGUGAUUCAGACAAUGGCGUACGCUUGAUCGCAACUACUGCUUUCGCCACGCUGGUCAAGCUGGUACCCCUUGAGGCUGGCAUCCCAGACCCACCAGGCCUCUCUGAAGAGCUACUCAAGGGACGUGAAAAGGAGCGCAAGUUCAUUGCGCAGAUGCUUGACCCCAAGAAGGUCGAGUCCUUCGAUAUUCCCGUCGCAAUCAAGGCCGACCUCCGCUCAUACCAACAGGAUGGUGUCAAUUGGUUGGCUUUCCUCAACCGUUACCAUCUCCAUGGUGUUCUCUGCGAUGACAUGGGUCUCGGCAAGACAUUGCAAACAAUCUGCAUUGUCGCCAGUGAUCAUCACAUGCGUGCAGAAGAAUACGCCAAAACCCAAGCACCUGAUCAACGUAAGAUGCCCUCAUUGAUUGUCUGUCCUCCAACUCUGUCCGGACAUUGGCAGCAGGAGAUUCGCACAUACGCGCCCUUCUUGAACGCCGUGGCUUAUGUCGGCCCACCUUCUGAGAGAAACAAGCAUCGUGCGAAGCUCACCGAGGCUGACAUCGUCAUCACCUCGUAUGAUAUUUGCAGAAACGACGUUGAAGUCUUUGCGCCUCACACGUGGAACUACUGUGUGUUGGAUGAGGGCCACUUGAUCAAGAACCCUAAAGCCAAGGUCACACAGGCUGUCAAGCGUAUUGCGAGCAACCACCGUCUCAUCCUCUCGGGUACACCCAUCCAGAACAACGUACUCGAGCUUUGGUCGUUGUUCGAUUUCCUGAUGCCCGGCUUCCUUGGUACAGAAAAGAUGUUCCAAGAUCGAUUCGCAAAGCCAAUUGCUGCUUCGCGUUUCAGCAAAUCGUCCUCAAAGGAGCAAGAAGCUGGUGCACUAGCCAUCGAAGCUUUGCACAAACAAGUCCUACCGUUCUUGUUGCGUCGUCUUAAGGAAGAAGUACUAGACGACUUGCCACCCAAGAUCCUGCAAAACUACUACUGUGAUCUGAGCGACUUGCAGAAGAAGCUCUUUGAGGAUUUCACUCGCAAAGAGUCAAAAACAAUUGCCGAAAAGGCUGGUUCUGCUGACAAGGAGGCCAAGCAACACAUUUUCCAAGCUCUGCAGUACAUGCGUAAGCUCUGCAAUUCACCGGCCUUGGUCAUGAAGGAGAGCCACAAGCAGUAUGCCACAAUUCAAGCGCAAUUGGCACGCCAAAACUCGAGCUUGACUGAUCCAGUUCAUGCUCCUAAGCUCACAGCCCUCAGAGAUCUUCUUGUCGACUGUGGUAUUGGUGUUGAUGCUGCACCAGCGGGUGAGGUGCCUUCUGCUGAUCAAGCCGUCUCCCAGCACAGAGCUCUCAUCUUCUGUCAAAUGAAGGAGAUGCUCGACAUGGUUGAAUCGACCGUCUUCAAGCGCAUGCUACCAUCAAUCACGUUCUCUCGACUUGAUGGAAGUGUCGAGGCAUCCAAGCGUCAAGAUAUCGUUAACCGCUUCAACUCCGAUCCAUCUAUUGAUUGUCUGCUCCUUACCACCAGUGUUGGUGGACUCGGUCUCAACUUGACUGGAGCAGACACUGUCAUCUUUGUCGAACACGACUGGAAUCCCCAAAAGGAUCUUCAGGCUAUGGAUCGCGCGCAUCGUAUUGGUCAAAAGAAGGUCGUGAACGUGUAUCGCCUGAUUACUCGUGGUACUCUAGAAGAGAAGAUUCUCAGCCUGCAGAGGUUCAAGAUUGAUGUCGCUAGCACUGUCGUGAAUCAGCAAAACGCUGGACUCGGAAGCAUGCAGACAGAUCAGAUUCUGGAUCUCUUCAAUAUGGGUGACACUGAAGGUGCGCCAUCGCUCGAAGAUAAGCCCAAGGAUCCCAACUCAAUUGAUGAGGCGGACGCUGUGGACGCCGAGGGUAAUGUCCGUGAGAAGGGCAAGAAGGGCAUCCUUGAUGAGCUCUCUGAGCUCUGGGAUGAAAAGCAGUACGAAGAAGAGUUCAACUUGGAUGGAUUCCUGUCGACCAUGAAGGCAUGA